AUGAAUAACCCUGGUGCAUUUGGAGGUGGUCAAACAAAGGGCAUGUCUCCUCAAGAACAGCGAAUGGUACAGAUCAUGCAAGGUCUAUUCGAAUCGUGCCCUGUAAAGAUGGGAAUGUCAGGUGUUGCAGGUUUUGGUAUGGGCGCUGCGUUCGGUUUAUUCAUGUCGUCGAUGGAUUAUGCGGGCCCUUUAACCAACGAAGACCUAGUUAAACAAACGACAAAGCAACAGAUAAAGCAUGCAUUCAAAGAUAUGGGGUCAAAAUCAAUGUCAAUGGCUAAAAACUUCGGUUUAGUUGGAUUAAUAUAUUCUGGAAGCGAGUGCUGCAUAGAAUCAUAUCGAGCAAAGAAUGAUUUAUAUAACAGUGUGACGGCAGGUGCUUUUACAGGUGGAUUGUUAGCGGUCAAAGCAGGCCCACAAGCGAUGGCUCUAGGUGCUGGUGGUUUUGCAUUAUUUUCAUUGGCAAUUGAUUGGUACAUGCGUCGUGAUUAG